AUGGACAACCAACCUAUUACGAGUUCACGCCUUGUAGCUGAAAAGUUCGGCAAAGAACACAAAAACGUUUUACAAGCCAUUUCAAAAUUAGAUUGUAGCGCAAAAUUCAACGGGCUUAAUUUUAACCUUGAUGCAAAAGGCGAAAAACGACCUGAAGUAGAAAUGACCCGUGACGGCUUUACCUUUUUGGUUAUGGGUUUUACAGGCAAGGAAGCGGCACAUUUCAAAGAGCAGUACAUCGAAGCCUUUAAUCAGAUGGAAAAGCAAUUAAAACAACCUACCAUCACACCCGUUCCUACACUACCAACGAACCUCAAAGAAGCCUUGUACCUUGCUUAUCAACAGCAAUGCGAAAUUGAGCAGCUAAAACCAAAGGCAGACUACACCGAUUUAAUUGAAGCCCUAUUUAGAUAG